AUGCAAAUUUGAACAACGAAUAAAACCGUAAUGUCGAUGCACCGCAAACAUUACUGUCACCAGCGUUAAUUCCUCUAGACUGAUUUUGAUAAACGCAAGAAAAAGCAUGAACAAUCACAAUCGCACGGGCUCCAGCAAACUUUUAGCUUUGUCGCCGUCUAUUGGAAAAAUGGACCACUCGAAUGAACAGCCUCAGAAUAAUGACAUCGAGACCAAGAAACGAAGGAAAGCUCUCGGUCUCGCAUAUGUCGUGGAUGAGAACCCACCAUGGUACGCAUGUCUUUCUCUCGGCUUUCAGCAUUACCUGACGAUGUUGGGCGGAACUCUUUCCAUUCCAUUUAUCUUGAGUGGACCUAUGUGCUUCUCCAACAACCCUCUAGUCGUCGCGGAGGUUCUCUCCACUAUCUUUUUCGUCUCGGGUAUCUCCACCCUUCUGCAGACCACCUUCGGCGUCAGGUUGCCAAUCGUCCAAGGGGGAACAUUUUCGUUCCUGGCGCCGACUUUUGCCAUCUUGUCGCUCCCGCAAUUCAAGUGUCCAACGGAUACAGUUACAGAUGGAUUGAACAUAACAGCUAACGCAACAACAGACAACAGCGGCGAUUGGAGGAUACGAAUGCGAGAGAUCCAAGGUGCCAUCAUGGUCUCCUCCUUGUUCCAAAUCUUCAUCGGAUUUUCAGGAGUCAUGGGAUUCCUGUUGCGCUUCAUUGGACCAAUCGCUGUGGCACCUACGAUCACUCUGAUUGGCUUAUCGCUAUUCCAUGUCGCCGCAGAGCAUGCCGGCAAUCAUUGGGGAGUGGCUUUCAUGACGGUGGCAUUGAUAACCAUCUUCUCUCAGAUUCUUACCAACAUCAAGGUGCCUUUACUGGGCUACAGGUUCAAGAAAGGCUUCUUCGUCGUACACUGUCCGAUAUUUAAGCUUUUUCCGAUCAUUCUAGCGAUCUUUGUGUCGUGGGUGAUCUGCGCUAUCGUCACGGCUGCGGGGGGAUUCCCGGAUGACCCUAAACACCCAAAUUUUCUCGCAAGGACAGACGCGCGGACGAUUGUUUUGCGAGAGAGCAACUGGUUCAGGUUCCCUUACCCAGGUCAAUGGGGCACGCCCACCGUCAGUGCCGCAGGGGUGUUUGGGAUGCUGGCCGGUGUCUUGGCCUCAAUCAUAGAGUCCGUGGGCGACUACUACGCAUGCGCUAGAUUAUCCGGCGCACCCCCUCCCCCUAAGCAUGCCAUCAAUCGCGGGAUCGGUGUGGAGGGCAUUGGGUGUCUCAUCACCGGACUGUGGGGGAGUGGUAACGGGACUACGUCAUACAGCGAGAAUAUUGGGGCACUUGGCAUCACAAAGGUUGGCAGUUUGCGUGUGAUCCAGUACGCAGGGCUGAUCCUUGUGGUUAUGGGCGUGGUCGGGAAAAUAGGCGCUCUUUUCACCACCGUUCCUGACCCCAUUGUAGGCGGGGUCUUCAUGGUGAUGUUUGGGAUAGUAACGGCGGUAGGGAUCUCCAGCUUGCAGUUCGUCGAUUUAAAUUCGUCACGUAAUCUCUUCAUCAUCGGUGUAUCGCUGAUGCUUGGCUUCGCGUUGCCAUGGUAUUUGGAUAAGCACCCGGAAGCUAUAGCAACAGGUUUACGAGAGAUCGAUCAGAUCAUCACUGUACUCCUGAAGACCAGCAUGGCGGUGGCAGGAAUAACUGGACUCUUUUUGGACAAUGCAAUUCCAGGAACACCAGAAGAGCGGGGUAUCUAUCGAUGGCGCACAAUUGUUACCCAGGAAGGAGAUGAGAGUGGCUCUCUUGCUUCAAUCUACAUCUAUGACCUGCCUUUCGGACUCAACCGCCUGAGCAAACUCCCAAUUGCAAGAUUUCUUCCGUUCCUACCGUACUAUACAGAAGAAGAUACUCAUGGAGACGAAGGAGUUGUGAAAACUAAUCAACAUGUUUCUUACUCCAUGUGGGUUUAGUAAGGGGCGUUUUUACAGAAUAAUAAGCAACGAUUUUGAAUAAUGAGUAAAUAAUCCCACCCAACCAGAUAUUUUAUACACUCGCGGCAACCCUUUAGCCUUUGAAGCAGCGUUUCCAGGUUUUUAGCGAAAACAAGACCGAGCGCUCGCCCCAUGUUUGCGGUUGUGGCUUCUAGAUAACCCUUGUAUUGCACUCUACCCUUUUCAUUAGCUAUACAACAAAAGUUAGAUGGAUAACAUGUUUUGUUUUUAAAAUUCGCAAAGCCCAGUAGGUUACUAUCUAUUGCUUUCGGGACCGAGAAUUCAAAUGUUAAUUUUUUAACGGUAUUUUUGUAUAUCUUUUAUCUCUUUAUUUAUAAAAAAAAGAAUCAAUGAGCACGAGAGAGAACAGAGACACGACUUACCUAAGUUAACUGUUAGAAACAAAAGUUAGGAAGUGUCAUGCGUUCAACUCAUGCAUUCAUACAAAGAACUUUCACCAAGCAACAACUGAUCUAGUACUACGAAAAAUCGAUCACCAAUACGGAGAGAGAACAUUUGAACAUAAAAUAAUCGGCGUUUUGCGGUUUUAAAACCGUUCUGAUAAACUGUCAACGGCGCUUCCUCUCCCUUUUAGUGCCGCUACGCUGGCUAGCCUAGAACCUUAUCUCUAACAUAGCGAACUAUGGUUUUCUGCUUUUCAGCGCACACGUUCCCGUUCUCGCUAGACCUUGAAACUUGAGGUUUUCACGUUAGUUUGAAGGAAAAGGGCUGAAAUGAUAGUUACCUAAAGUGAGACUAUCGACCCAGCGGCGACUGCUUGGAGUCUAUUACGAAAUUCACCCUGUUUACGUCAUCUCGUAACGCACCGCCCCCCCACAAAGGCCGAAGGUCCACUUUCGGUUCUCAAUAGACGUGCUAUUUGUAGACAAAACUAUAAAGCAUAAACUAAAUCACUCUGGUAUGUACGGCCCUGGUCAAUCUGGGGUAUCAUCGGUGUUGGACAUUUUUUUUUUUGCUUAACCCUAAGUAUGCUAGCCUACAUGCUAACUGUUUCAUCCGUUUUCAACAUAAUAUUUCUUACUGGUUAUCGUUACAUCAGCAUCGUCAAACCACCCCAAUACCGCACUCUAGUAACCACUCGGCGAACAUUGGUUGCAAUAGCCAUUGCCUGGUCGGUAAGCAUUAUGCAUAUAAUUGCUGUAGCAGCCCAGCCUAUCGAAGCAAACGAACUAAACACAAGUAUCUUCUACAACAAAUGGAGCAAGUACCUGGAUAUUUACAGUCUCGUCCUCAUUUCAAUGUAUGCAUGUGUGUCUGCCCAGAAAAAGUCUUAUUAAAGACGAAAAUUUGGCAUAGUC